AUGUCCCCUCGAGCUUAUCCAUCGUUAGAAUAUUCUUCUACGAGAGAUUUCUCACAACAAACUCCCUUCAAGCAAAUGAAAUCACUUGCUUAUGAUAGUGCUUCUGAUUCGGUAUUGAAAACACCAAAGGAUUUACUGAGUAUAACGCCAAAAGCAUUAAGAAGAUCACCGAGAUUUGCUAGGCAUACUUUGAAUUCACGCCCAGUUCCGGUUCCUGAUCUGAAUAAUUGCUCGAAGAAGUUUAAAAUACCAAAAUUUCAAUUACAAGACACAGACAUAUGUCUUGCAUAUCCAGACUUCAUGCUUUUUCAACAAUUUCCAGAUUUGCCUUCAUCCAGUAUAUCUGAAAGAAGGGAGCAGAACAGACGGCGCCGAGUCAGUUGUCCUCAGUUAGCUGAACAGUACAUGAACUCAGAGAUCAAUGGCUCCGAUUCAAGUUCUUGUUUUUUCAUCAGCUCAUCAGAGUACUCUGAGGCUGAAAAAAUGAGAAAUGUUUGUAACCUCUAUAAACAGUUACGGAAAAUUUCAGCUUUUUACGAUUGGCAAGAUCAGUGUUUAAGUGACGAACAUUUGUUGAGUGGUUCAAAUAUGAUUUUAUCAGUGACGACAGGUGCUGGUAAAACAGUCAUUGCAGAGGUUUUAAUGCUGCGAGAGAUUAUUAUUCGAAAGAAAAGUUGUAUUUUUAUUCUGCCAUAUGUUGCGAUCGUUCAGGAAAAGAUUCGUUCACUAUCUUUGUUUGAAGAUAAAUUCGAUGUUUGCGUGGAAGAAUAUGCAGGAAACAAAGGUCGAUUUCCUCCUGUAAAACGGCGUAAAAAUGUCUCUAUUUACGUUGCUACUAUUGAAAAAGCAAAUAUGCUAAUAAACAGUUUGAUAGAAACGAACCGUAUUGAUGAAAUUGGUGUUGUAGUAGUAGAUGAAUUACACAUGAUAGGCGAAAAUGGUCGUGGAGCCAUCUUGGAGCAAGGACUAAUUAAGAUCAUGCGAAAGGGGGCCGGUCAAGUGCUUGGUAUGUCAGCAACUAUUUCUAAUUUGGAUCAACUUUCAAGGUUUCUUCAAGCAACGGUGUUUACUACGAAAUUUCGUCCUGUAAAACUAGUAGAAAAAGUAAAAAUUGGUCGCUCGUUGUAUCUCGUCAAUGAAGAAGGAAAACUAGAAUUUGAAAUGAGCUUAGCAGAAAAUAAAUUAAGGAAUCGUGAUCCAGACGGACUAGUAUCAUUGUUAAAGGAUAUUGUGCCAAAACGAUCUGUUCUUAUUUUUUGUCCCACCAAACAAAAUUGUGAAAAUGUGUGCAAAAUGGUUUCUUAUUUGGUUCCAAAGAACGUCUGCGAACGUAAAAAAACUGAAAGACAAGCUGCAGUGGAAGCAUUAAAAAGUGAGGAAGAUGGAAAAUUUUCUUCGUUUUUAGAAUUAAGUAUUAUGCGUGGUGUUGCAUAUCAUCAUAGUGGUUUAACAGCAGAUGAAAGAAGAAUUAUAGAAAGCGCUUUUCAGGAUGGUGUAAUAAAUAUCAUAUGUUGUACUUCAACUCUGGCAGCUGGAGUAAAUUUACCUGCUAGACGAAUAAUAAUCAAAGCUCCUUUUGUGGGAAAAAAUUUGCUCAGUAAAGCUCAGUACUUACAAAUGAUUGGUCGUGCAGGUCGAGCUGGCUAUGAUAAUAUAGGAGAAGCAGUGACAAUUUUGCACUCAGGGUGUGAGGAAAGCAAGUUUUUGGAAAUGAUUAGUGGGCCAAUACCAAGAUGUAAUAGUUCACUAAAUGAUUCGGCUGUUUUUUCAUCAUUGGUUCUCGAUCUAAUCUCUCUAAAGAUAGCAGAACGACUGGAACAAUUGGAAACAGUGGUGCAACAAACAUUAUUAGGCAUACAGGACAGCAGUAAUAGUAAAGUUCUUUUAAAGCGAACAUUAAGCUAUUUAACAGAACAUGAUUUGAUAAACGUUGAUAAAGGUGUUGUACUUUCUUCGAAUUUCCACUUAAUAUUGAUGAUGGUACCAUUCGAUAUAGAUGUAGAUGUAGAUUGGAAUAUAUUUUAUGAUGAGAAUGGGAGUGAACCAUCACUGCGCGUUUAUAUUUCAUUUAUGUUGCACCGCCUGUGGAAACAAGAAACGUUUUUCGAUGUUGCAGAACGUUUCCAUGUAUCACGUGGAUGGCUUCAGAAUGUUUUGCAAUCUACAAUCUCUCAUGCAUCAUCAAUUGCGCGUUUUUCUGAAAAAAUACCUUCCCUUUGGCCGUUGAAGAACUUAAUACCUGACUUAGUGCAGCAUAUGAGGAACUGUUCACACAAAGAACUAAUUCCGUUACUUGCUUUAGAUUGUGUUAAAAAGGGACGAGCUCUACAACUUUAUAACGCAGGCUUCAAGACGAUUGCAUCUAUAGCAUCUACAGAACCAUCACUGCUUCUAUCAGCUAUCAAUCAUUUAAAUAAACAACAAGCUUCAUCAAUUAUCAAAAGUGCCAGAGUAAUACUUCGCGAUCAACUUGCUGAAAAAAUCGAACAAUUGGAAGAGGAAGUUGGUGCAAAUGCAGCUGAAAUUUUAGCAAAAUUUUUAGUAGAAUCCUAG